UUCCCCUUCCUGCUGCUUUUGUUCUACCGCGCGUUCUGCGAGCCGAUCCGCUACUCGAUUCCUGAGGAGUUGGCCAAGGGCUCGGUGGUGGGGAAUCUCGCCAAGGACCUAGGGCUCAGUGUCCUGGAAGUGUCAGCUCGGAAGCUGCGAGUGAGCGCGGAGAAGCUGCUUUUCAGUAUAGACAGGGAGAGCGGGGACUUACUGGUGAAGGACCGAAUAGACCGCGAGCAGAUUUGCAAAGAGAGAAGAAGCUGUGAGUUGCAGUUGGAAGCAGUGGUGGAAAAUCCCUUAAACAUUUUUCAUGUCAUUGUGGCUGUUGAGGAUAUUAAUGACCAUGCCCCUCAAUUCCAUAAAAAGGACAUACAUUUAGAAAUUAUUGAAUCUGUAUCCCCAGGUGCACGAAUAUCCCUUGACCCUGCCACUGAUCCCGACAUAAACAUGAACUCAGUUAAAGAUUAUCAUAUAAGUCCUAACUCUUACUUCAAGUUAAUGGUUAGAGUUAAUUCCGAUGGCGGCAAAUACCCAGAGUUGUCUUUGGAGAAACCCCUAGACCGGGAGGUGCAGCGGUCUCAUCGCCUGAUACUGACGGCCUUGGACGGAGGGGACCCGCCACGAAGUGCCACCGUUAGAAUAGAAAUCUUUGUCAGGGACACCAAUGAUAACCCCCCGGUAUUUAGCAAGGAUGAAUAUAGAGUCAGUGUAAGUGAAAAUCUGCCCCCCGGAUCCUCCGUGCUGCAGGUGACAGCCACUGAUCAGGACGAGGGGGCCAAUGCCGAAAUAAGCUACUACUUCAGGAGCACCGCUCACAGUACGAGGCACAUGUUCUCAUUAGACGAGAAAACGGGCAUGAUUAAGAAUAACCAGUCAUUGGAUUUUGAGGAUAUGGAAAGAUACACCAUGGAAGUGGAAGCAAAGGAUGGAGGUGGUCUCUCCGCCCAAUGUAAAGUAAUAAUAGAAAUCCUGGAUGAAAAUGACAACAGCCCAGAAAUAAUCAUCACUUCUCUCUCGGAUGAGAUUUUGGAGGAUUCCCAACCAGGGACGGUCGUGGCCCUCUUCAAAACACGGGACAGGGAUUUCGGAGGAAAUGGCGAAGUCAUGUGUAUUAUAGAAGGAGACGUUCCUUUCAAGAUUUACUCCUCUUCUAAUAAUUACUACAAGCUGGUGACAGAUGGGGCCCUGGACCGAGAACGGACCCCGGAGUACAAUAUCACCAUCACAGCCACAGACAGGGGCAAGCCGCCCCUCUCCUCCAGCAGAAGUGUCACCCUAUACAUCAGGGACAUCAACGACAACGCGCCGGUUUUCCAGCAGUCAGCCUACCUGGUCCACGUGCCAGAAAACAACCCGCCAGGGGCCUCCAUAGCGCAGGUCAGCGCCUCGGACCCCGACCUGGGACCAAAUGGCCAGGUGUCCUACUCCAUCGUGGCCAGCGACCUGGAGCCGCGGGCGCUGUCGUCCUACGUGUCCGUGAGCGCGCACAGCGGGGUGGUGUUCGCGCAGCGCGCCUUCGACCACGAGCAGCUGCGCGCCUUUGAGCUGACGCUGCAGGCGCGCGACCAGGGCUCGCCCCCGCUGGGCGCCAACGUGAGCCUGCGCGUGCUGGUGGGCGACCGCAACGACAACGCGCCCAGGGUGCUGUACCCGGCGCUGGGGCCCGACGGCUCCGCGCUCUUCGACACGGUGCCGCGCGCCGCGCAGCCGGGCUACCUGGUCACCAAGGUGGUGGCGGUGGACGCCGACUCGGGACACAAUGCCUGGCUGUCCUACCACGUGCUGCAGGCCAGCGAGCCCGGGCUCUUCAGCCUGGGGCUGCGCACGGGCGAGGUGCGCACCGCCAGAGCUUUGGGCGACAGGGACGCGGCCCGCCAGCGCCUCCUGGUGGCCGUGCGGGACGGGGGACAGCCACCCCUGUCAGCCACUGCCACUCUGCUGCUGGUCUUUGCUGACAGCCUACAAGAGGCGCUGCCAGACCUCAGCGAAAGCCCUCAGCCCUCUGACCCCCAGGCUGAGCUGCAGUUCUAUCUGGUGGUGGCCUUGGCCUUGAUCUCAGUGCUCUUCCUCCUCGCGGUGAUUGUGAUUCUGGCGGUCGCCCUGCGCCUUCGACGCCCUUCUAGUACCUCUGUUUGGGGCUGCUUUCAACCUGGUCUCUGCUCCAAGUCUGGACUUGGGGUUCCCCCCAACUACAGUGAGGGAACAUUGCCCUAUUCCUACAAUCUGUGUGUUGCCCAAGCUGGAAAGACAGAGUUUAAUUUCUUAAAAUGCAGUGAACCCUUGCAUUCCACUCAAGACAUAGUUUGCGGUGAUUCUUCUGGGGCCUUAAUUUCACUUCAGAGUGGGAAUGAUUUGAGUUCGCAUCCUGAGACCCUAACACCGGUGAGUUUCAUUUUUGUGUAGUCAGUAAUAUUCUACUAGUUUCUCAUAUUUCAAGUGUACUACUUCAUUUUUAUAUCUAGAAUAAUUUUUAGAAAAUCCAUUAGUAAUCACCAUCUUGUCUUCUCAGUGUUCACUUUAGCUGAUUAUAUUUUUCAAGAUAUUUUACUUGGUUCAGAAGUUGCUCUAUAAUUUAAAAAGAAUGUUAUUCAAUUAGAGAUAUCUUUUCAAGCUGAGAUUAGCAAAACAGAGGCAGUGGUCUUGGCUUCUUACCAAAUAAAUACAUAAUAAUCUAAGUUUGCUAAGAUUUAAGAUAAAAUUUCUAUAUCCUAUUUAUAUGUUUUUAAAGUUUAAUAAUAUUCAGGCAUUAGUUAUAUAUCAAAGCAUAUGCUCCUUCCAAAAGAACCUUUAUUGCAUACAA